CAGGAUUCGAGCGUCUAGAUGAAGAUCUGGAACUCAUGAUAGGAAAGAAGGUCCCUGUCUUCUUCGAAGUCUGUCUAACUUAUGUCACUCCACUGGUAUUGUUGGUUUCUAUGGUUUUCAAACUUGCGCAAUACACACUUACGACAUACGGGAAGUACGAGUAUCCACACUACAGUGCGGUCAUUGGUUGGAUCUACGCGGCGAUCCCGGUCACGCCGAUACCCGUGUUCUUCAUCUGGGAACUCGCUAAAGCCGAGGGGCCAAUGAGAGCGGUAAGCCAAUCAAUCUCUCGUAGGCUCGUUUUAGUCUGUUCCAAAACUGAUCUCAAGGGAGUGAAGGGAAACAUAAGUGUCCAGUUUUAAUCACCAAUAGAAAUCAGUGGAACAUUUAGAUUAAUUUGAACUAAAGUAAGUCAAGUAGAAUGGAUCCCCCACCCCCAGCCUCAAACACAACAUUUAUGGUAUGGUUCGCCACACAAACGCCCAAAACCUUAAUGGU